GCGGCGGGAGGUCACUGUGCAGCAUCGCUGCUGAAUCACACACACAAACUGUUCCCCUCUCUCUCUCUCUCUCCCCCUCUCCCCGUGUUCGCUCCUCUCUGACACUCCUGGUCCCGAUUCUCUGGAGCAUCUAAUGGCCUUUUUAAAUGCCCACAAUGGAUCUGCACCGACAGCUGUCACUGACUGUAGAUUCCCCGUGUCCUAGUGGUGUUUUGUGUGAUUUGCUAGACAACAGCAACCUGACCAUGAAAGACCAGACAUCAGUAAAUAAACUCAGUCAGGAGUUAAUCAGUUUCGCUUCCUCGCUCCUGAAGUCUCCUGGAACUACAGCACCCUCCACUGGAAAAGCACAGGUCACACAGAGACUGAUCUUCAAAACAGUAGAAGAGACACAAAGCACCAGACAAGUCUUUGGAAGAUUGGGAGAGACAGUGCAAGUUCUGAUCCCGUGGCGAGGGCGGCCCAUCACAAUGUUCUGCCUGACGCCUGAGCUUCAACAGAGGGGCAUCAUCAACCCUUCCAUUCAAUGGGUGAAAGAGGGAGACUCCCCAGUGUCUAUAGAGGGGGAAGGAACUCAGUUCAAGGUGCAACAGGAUGGCAGUCUGAUAGUGUUAAACUGGGAAAACCAACAAUUCAGCGGCUUCUACUCCUGCACCAUGACAUUUGGGCAGCAAGAAGCACAACACAAGCUGAUGCUGCGCUUCUGCCUGGUGGUGUACCACAUUCCAUUGAAAAGUCUUCAAGUUGCUGCCCGGUUGAAGACCACUACGUGUGAGAAUGGCUCUGUGAAGAAUUCAGCAGCGGUCAAGAGCUCACUGGAUUUCAUGUGCCGGCAGCUGUCCUGUGAGGUGUCGGAUGUGACCUCUGAGUGCAGAGAGAACACUGCAGUUUCCCAGAGGGGUCUUUACCAGCUCCAGCUCAAUAUCACAGACACUCAGACACAAGAAGAUUGCACCCCCACCUCACCGCUGCGGUUAGAUAUGGAUACCUGA